CCUCCACUGCACACAGCCACUGGAGGUGUUCGUAAACAACAAGAACUCUCAUCUGGUACUGUAGCACACACAGCUGCAUUGUUCUUGUAGUCAUUUCUACACGACGACUGCUCUAACAAAAAACGUUCACACCGGCCGAAGCACCUUCUUGCGGUGUUUAACGACUAUUAGAGUCAUUGCUAACACUCCCAAAGUUAAAGGUGAACAUGGCGCCGCUAGCAGGUAUGGCACGUACGCUGACCAUAAUCGGUCUGAUAUUUAGCACCAUCUCAGUCCUGGAAGGCUCGGCCACUCUGUUCUUGCGCAGCUGGCUGUCAGCGGGCCCGCGCUACAUCCCGCUUCAACGGUUUCUGAACGUGGGCCUGUGGAAAGUGUGUGCCACCGGAGCGCUAUUGGACCGGAGAGAAGACAUCACCUCAGACUGUGGCACGGUGGCCAGUUCUGAUUUCGUAUUUGCGAAGGCAGCAAGUGUGACGAGCGUGGCGCUUGGCGCACUCAGCUGGAUCUUCAUCAUGGGCGCGUUCAGCAAGGUACCCUGUCACAUACUGGCAGCCGUCUUCAGUUUCCUGCAGUGUGUAGCCAUGCUGAUUGCUGGAAUUCUUGUGGCCACAGUUAACAGAGAUCAUGGCCUGACGUUCCUCUCGCACACUCAACAACCCAUACCGAUGUCGUCGACGGGUGACUGGUACGUGUUAACCGGAAAUGCGUACUACUUAGCCUGGGGUUCGUCCGGAUGUGCCAUGUUCGCCACCGUGUGUCUGGCCGCCUCCUUGGCCAAGGCCAGAUCAAUGAGGCUGGCUCAGACCCACCAGUAUCAGAUGGUGGAGGUGGUGCGGCAAGGCGAGUAAGGUCCCGUCCACCGUCCAACUCACCAGCAGCCUGCACAAGAGCUCCAUUUCUGUGUAAGAUUUUUAUCUGAUCAAAUCCUGUCCUAUUGCUGGAACACACAUGUGUACAUACAUGGCAUGACAUUGUAAUGUUCUGCAAGGAUGUUACUUGUUAGGAAUUGCAUUCCUUGGAGAUGUCAUCGGUCAUUUACACGCCGUGUAUUCGGUUUUCAACAGGUUUUUCCGCCGCUCUAUCUGUAACAUAUUCAGUUACCUUCGGUGAUUUCUUUCACUUGUAACUUUUUCUCCUCCCUUCCCAAUUACUUUAUUAUUAUUAUAUGUUUUAUGUCGGUCACAUGUAUUAAAGGAA